AUGUUCCGCUUCAGCAAAACCCUCGACCCCAUCACCCUCUUCCACUCCCCCUCCAUCCAAGCAUCAACCAGAACCCUCAACAUCCUGAAACAAGCUUCCACAACCGCUAGCGAAACCGCCACAGAAGACCAGGCUAGCGAUCACUCCCGCCACGCCAAGCAACAGCGCGGCGAGUUCGAGCUCGAGCUUCGCAAUAUUCUCGACUACAUCUCGCCCGUCAGCGGUGUCGGUGGUCCGGGUGAUAAGGUGACGUAUGGUGUCGGGGAGCUUGUCAAGGGCGCCCGUGAUGCGGAGGAUGCGCUGAAGAAGUUCAAGGAGGAUAAUACGAAUUUCGUGAGGCCUAUCACCGUUGACUGGGUCAAUGGCCGCGCUGUCAUCGGAGACGACCAGUCCGAGAUCCUGCGCAUGGUGCGCCAGCUUCCUGCGAACUAA